CUUUCUCUCUCAUUCUGGGCUAAUAUCGCAAUUUCCGAAAUCCACCAAAUCUCUCUCCCUCUCCCUCUCCCUCUCUCUCUCUACCUAGUACCUACUCAUCAUCUCUGCUCAGCCAUAUCGUUCACUCAUCUUUCACCAUGCUUCAAUUCUCUUCCACCAUUUCCAGUCAGAUUCGGUAUCUGCUCCACAGCUUGAACGAAUCCGACUCCGACUCUGUCUUUCAAGAGCUCUCCCAGUAUGUUGAAUAUGGAUCCGAGGGAUGCAUACUGCUUCUUCAAACCUGCUUUGAUCACCUGAAUAUACAUGGGAAAGACUUGAGGAAUGUGCAACUGGACCCUGUAUUUUCCUCAAUUUUUAAGUACAUCUUGGAUAAACCAAAUUUUAGUACAGUGUUCUGUGAGUCACUAAGAAGUACAGCAAUCAAUGAAGAUUUUCUUGAGAAUUUAUCUGAUGCAUUUCGCUUGUCAGCAUCUGAGAAAAUUGGAAUUGGUCUUGCUUUGUCAGAUUCAGAAAGUACUGACAUCAGAUUGUGCGGGAAGAACUUCUGCAUUGCUCAGAUUAAGGAUCUGUGUGCCAAUCAUGUUUCUGUGGAUUCUGCUGAGCAGAUUCAGAAUAUCAUUAUGUUUAUCCAUCAAUCUGAGAGCCUUUCCAGGCAUGUUGAUUCAUUUAUGCAGAUGUUAUCUUUAGUGCAGUUGAAGGAUGGUGCCCAGUUUAUAUUAGCUCCAUUGCUUUCAGAUGAAUUUCGUGAGGCCAACUUCUUUAGGAACAUUGAACUGUACAAUGAAGGGGAUGAAAAUGAUUUUGAUGCUCUUCUAGCUGAAAUGGAGAAGGAAAUGAGCAUGGCCGAUAUGAUUAAAGAAUUGGGUUGUGGAUGCACAGUUAGUGUCUCACAGUGCAAAGAGAUGUUAUCUCUUUUCUUACCGUUGACUGAAAUUACUGUCUCUAAGAUAUUUGGCACAAUCGCUCGCACCCAUGCUGGGCUUGAGGACAGUCAGAAUGCAUUUUCAACAUUCCGUACUGCUCUUGGUAGCAGUAGUUUGUCUGAUCUACCAUUGUUGAGCUCCUGGAAUAUUGACGUCCUCAUUGAUUCUAUCAAGCAGCUUGCUCCUGGAACCAAUUGGACAAGUGUUGUAGAAAACUUUGAUCACGAGGGAUUCUACAUUCCUAAUGAGGCAGCAUUUUCGUUCUUCAUGUCGAUUUAUAGACGUGCUUGCCAGGAUCCAUUCCCACUCCAUGCCAUUUGUGGGUCUGUCUGGAAGAAUGUGGAGGGGCAGCUUUCUUUUCUCAAGUAUGCUGUCUCGGUACCACCUGAAGUGUUCACCUUUGCACAUUCUGGGAAGCAACUGGCAUAUGUUGAUGCAGUGAAUGGUCAUAAGCUUCAACCUGGACAUGCAAAUCAUGCAUGGUUAUGUCUUGACCUUUUGGAGGUGUUGUGCCAUCUAGCUGAGAGAGGCCAUGCAAAUGCUGUUCGAUCAAUGCUUGAAUAUCCUCUUAAGCACUGUCCUGAAAUCCUGCUUCUUGGGAUGGCCCAUAUUAAUACUGCAUAUAACCUCCUCCAGUAUGAAGUGUCUUCCACAGUAUUCCCCAUGAUAGUUAAAAAUACUAUGAGGAAUGGCAUGAUUCUUCAUCUCUGGCAUGUUAACCCUAAUCUCUUACUGCGGGGAUUUGUGGACGCUCACAACAUUGAUCCAGACAACAUGAGUAGAGUAUUGAACAUUUGCCAGGAGCAAAAGAUUCUAUCACCGGUAUUGGAUAUGAUUCCUUCUUCAUUUGGUAUUAAACUGGCUGCCCUUGCUUCUCGGAAAGAACUCGUAGAUCUGGAGAAGUGGUUGAGCACUAAUUUAUGUACAUAUAAAGAUAUUUUCUUUGAGGAGUGCCUCAAGUUCCUAAAGGAGGUUCAGUUAGCUGCAGCUCAGGAUGUUUCUGCCAACCAAUUCCACCUUCCUAGUGCUCCUUGGAAUCUCUAUUCAGAGACAAGUUCUACUUUUCUGAAGAUCCUUCAAGCUCAUACGGGUCUGAUUAGCUCUGGUAAGCUAUCUGAGGAAUUGGAAAAGUUUCAUGUAACCUUUAUGCAAGCUAAUUCUAGACUGAAGAAUGGCGGGGCUACUGAUUCAUCGACCUCUGAUGGAUAUUCCGACGACAUUGAGGCAGAAGCAAAUUCUUACUUCCAUCAAAUGUUUUCUGGUCAAUUGACCAUUGAUUCAAUAAUUAAAAUGCUUGCUCGAUUCAAGGAAUCAUCUGAGAAAAGGGAACAAUCAAUUUUUGAGUGCAUGAUUGCCAAUCUGUUUGAGGAAUACAAAUUCUUCCCCAAAUACCCUGAAAGGCAGCUCAAAAUUGCUGCUGUUCUCUUCGGCUCCCUCAUCAAGCAUCAGCUUGUAACUCAUCUCACACUUGGUAUUGCCUUGCGUGGUGUUCUGGAUGCAUUACGUAAACCUGCGGACUCAAAAAUGUUUGUUUUUGGGACCAAGGCGCUGGAACAGUUUGUGGACCGUUUGGUUGAGUGGCCACAAUAUUGCAAUCAUAUUUUGCAAAUAUCUCAUCUGCGUAAUACACAUUUAGAUCUUGUUCAAUUAAUUGAACGGGCACUUGCUAGGAUUUCAUCCGCUCAUUCUGAGCCAGAUGGCGGGCACAGUGCUGCUGGUGAUCAAUACCAUGGUUCUGUUAAUACUACUACAGCAAAUGCGGAGAUGGCGGGCUCAUCGUUCCCAUUAAUUGGAUCUGGUGGAGCACAGCCUGGGUCACAAGCUGCUUCUCCAAUUCACCUUCAGCAGAGGCACCAAUUCUCUACAGAUGACAGGCACAAGCCCUCUGUAAAUUUGUCUAACUACAUGAAGCCAAGUUUUUCUUCCGCAGGGCAACCUUCCACUGUUCCCCCAAGCGAUGCAGUUAACACACAGAAGUCAGAGAGUACAGCUAGUGCUUUAGCAACACUGGCUUCUUCUCCUGGUUUUAUUCGUCCAUCCCGAGCAAUUACCUCAACAAGGUUCGGCUCGGCUUUAAAUAUUGAAACGCUUGUUGCUGCCGCGGAGAGAAAAGAUACUCCUGUAGAGGCUCCAGCAUCAGAGAUUCAGGACAAGAUAUCAUUUCUUAUUAAUAAUUUAUCUACUUCUAAUGUUGAAGCUAAGGCGAAAGAAUUUAUUGACAUUUUGAAAGAGCAGUAUUAUCCCUGGUUUGCGCAGUAUAUGGUGAUGAAAAGAGCAAGCAUUGAGCCGAAUUUUCAUGACUUGUACCUGAAGUUCCUAGAAAAAGUUGAUUCAAAGGCUUUGAACAAAGAGAUUGUCCAGGCCACUUAUGAGAACUGCAAGGUUCUUUUGGGGUCAGAGCUUAUUAAAUCAAGUUCAGAAGAGCGUUCGCUGCUUAAGAAUUUGGGAAGCUGGCUUGGGAAAAUUACAAUAGGCAGGAAUCAAGUUUUGAGGGCACGUGAGAUUGAUCCCAAAUCAUUGAUCAUAGAGGCAUAUGAGAAAGGUUUGAUGAUUGCGGUAAUUCCAUUCACCUCCAAGGUUUUGGAGCCCUGCCAAAACAGUAUGGCAUAUAAACCUCCUAAUCCUUGGACCAUGGGUAUUCUUGGAUUACUGGCUGAGAUUUAUGCAAUGCCAAAUUUAAAAAUGAACCUGAAGUUUGACAUCGAGGUCCUGUUCAAGAACCUUGGUAAGGAUUUGAAGGGUGUAACUCCAACUUCUCUUCUCAAGGACAGGGUUAGGCAAGUCGAAGGAAAUCCUGAUUUUUCCACCAAAGAUGUGGGAGCUUCCCAGCCACAGAUGGUUGGUGAUGUUAAAUCUGGUGGUCUGAUAUCUACUCUGAAUCAAGUUGAGCUACCACUAGAGGUUGCCAGUCCUUCUCAUCCUGGUGGCCAUUCACAUAUAUUAUCUCAGUAUGCUGCUCCUCUCCAUCUUACUUCUGGCACGCUGAUGGAGGAUGAAAAGCUGGCUGCUUUAGGCUUAUCUGAUCAGCUUCCUCCCGCUCAAGGACUUCUUCAACGACAAGCACCAUUUUCCGUUAGUCAGCUUCCCACACCAGCUUCUAAUAACGAACAGCAGUACAUUGUUAACACUAAGCUCCACGCGUUAGGCCUGCACUUGCACUUUCAGAGCGUGGUUCCAAUUGUCAUGGAUAGAGCUAUCAAAGAAAUAGUGUCUAGUAUUGUGCAGCGCAGUGUUUCUAUAGCAACUCAAACGACAAAGGAGCUCGUUUUAAAGGAUUACGCCAUGGAGUCAGAUGAGAUCCGUGUACGCAAUGCAGCACAUUUGAUGGUUGCAAGUUUGGCUGGGAGUCUAGCUCAUGUAACAUGCAAGGAACCCCUACGUGGUUCAAUUUCAAGUCAGCUGAGGAAUUCACUUCAGGGUUUAAAUAUUGCGAAUGAACUCCUUGAACAAGCUGUGCAACUUGUUACUAAUGAUAACCUUGAUUUGGGCUGCGCGCUGAUUGAACAAGCUGCAACUGACAAGGCAAUACAAACUAUUGAUGGGGAAAUAGCUCAACAACUUUCUAUGAGAAGAAAGUACAGAGAGGGUGUUGGUUCCACAUAUUUUGAUUCGAGCAUGUAUACACAUGGUCACAUGGGUAUUUUACCAGAGGCCCUUCGUCCUAAACCUGGUCGCUUAUCCCAUUCUCAACAGCGAGUUUAUGAGGAUUUUGUUCGUUUACCUUGGCAAAACCAAUCAAGUCAGAGCUCAAGUGCUCUGCCUGUUGGUCCUACAUCUUCAUCUGGCAAUGCUGCAGUGUCGCGAUCACAUGGUUCAUCAUCAGGGCAACUAAAUUCAUCAUCUGGCUUAGGAAACACAGGACUUAGUACAGUUGCUCAGCCCUUGGAUCUCGUGUCAGAGGAGAUGGAAUCUAGUUCAGUUCCACUUCAUAGUGCUUCAUCAACUCAUAUUAUGGUGGCUGAUGGUGUUAAUCCACUUGACUUCGAAACCAGUACGGUUGCUUCUUCAUUUCCCUCGACCUCAGCCCCUGAAUUGCAUUCAGCAGAACUUUCUGAUGAAUUGGGAGCUUCUCAGCCAUUAGCUUCAGCUUCUGCAACUGAGCGCCUUGGAGGUAGUAUCUCAGAACCUCUGUUGACCACAGGCGAUGCAUUGGAUAAGUACCAGAUUAUUUCAGAGAAGCUGGAAAUCCUGGUAACUAAUGAUGCCAAAGAAGCUGAAAUGCAGGGAGUUAUUGCUGAGGUUCCUGCAAUCAUCAUCAGAUGUAUAAGUCGAGAUGAGGCUGCAUUGGCCGUGUCUCAGAAGGUUUUCAAGGGUUUAUAUGAAAAUGCAUCAAAUAGUGCACAUGUCGGUGCUCAUCUUGCUAUUCUUGCUGCCAUUCGUGAUGUUAGCAAGCUUGUUGUCAAGGAGCUGACUAGUUGGGUGAUUUAUUCUGAUGAGGAUCGAAAGUUCAACAAAGAGAUUACUAUUGGCCUUAUUCGCAGUGAAUUACUGAACCUUGCAGAGUAUAAUCUUCAUAUGGCAAAGCUUCUUGAUGCCGGGAGGAAUAAGGCUGCUACUGAGUUUGCAAUCUCCCUUAUUCAGACAUUGGUGAUCAAUGAUUCCAGCAUCAUUUCGGAACUUCACAAUCUUGUUGAUGCACUGGCAAAGCUUGCAGCUAGGCCUGGGUCUCCGGAGUCAUUGCAACAGCUGGUUGAGGUUGCAAGGAAUCCUUCUUCCAGUGCUACAUUGUCUAGUCUAACUGCUGGAAAGGAGGAUAACUCAAGACCACCCAGAGACAAAAAGGCUGCUGGUCAUUCUGCAGCUAGUAGGGAAGACUAUAAUGUCCCAGAGCCAGUGGAACCAGAUCCUGCUGGUUUUCGUGAGCAGGUUUCCAUGCUGUUUGCGGAGUGGUACCAAAUAUGUGAACUUCCUGGUGCAAAUGAUGCUGCUUGUGCUCAUUUUGUCUUAAAAUUGCAGCACAGUGGACUUCUGAAAGGGGAUGAUAUGUCAGACCGCUUUUUUCGUCACCUGAUGGAACUUUCCGUAUCACAUUGCCUAUCUUCUGAGGUGAUUAGUUUUGGUCCUUUGCAAUCGUCUCAACAAGUACAACCACUGUCUUUCCUUGCUAUUGACAUAUAUGCAAAACUUGUCUUUGCAAUCCUCAAGUUCUGCUCUGUGGACCAUGGAUCUAUUAAACUCUCUCUUCUGCCUAAGGUUUUGGGAGUAACCGUAAGAUUUAUUCAGAAAGAUGCAGAGGAGAAGAAAUCGUCUUUUAAUCCAAGGCCAUAUUUCAGGUUGUUCCUGAACUGGCUGCUAGACCAGGGUUCCCUUGAACCUGUCUUUGAUGGUGGAAACUUUCAGGUUUUGACUGCUUUUGCAAAUGCAUUCCACGCUUUGCAGCCCCUUAAAGUUCCUGCAUUCAGCUUUGCGUGGCUUGAGGUGGUGAGUCACAGAAGUUUCAUGCCAAAAUUGCUGACAGGAAACUCCCAGAAGGGGUGGCCUUAUUUUCAACGCUUGCUGGUAGAUUUGUUCCAAUUUCUGGAACCAUUCCUGAGAAAUGCUGAACUUGGAGAGCCGGUUCAUUUUCUUUAUAAAGGCACACUCAGGGUCUUGCUAGUGCUACUUCAUGAUUUCCCAGAGUUCCUUUGUGAUUAUCAUUUCAGCUUCUGUGAUGUUAUUCCUCCAAGCUGCAUACAGAUGCGAAACAUAAUCCUCAGUGCAUUUCCCCGCAAUAUGAGGCUACCAGAUCCAUCUACUCCCAACUUAAAGAUUGAUCUGCUAGCGGAGAUCAGUCAAUCACCACGCAUUCUCUCUGAGGUUGAUGCAGCUCUAAAAGCAAAGCAGAUUAAGAGUGAUGUAGAUGAGUAUCUCAAGACAAGGCAACAAGGGUCAUCAUUUCUUUCUGAUUUGAAGCAAAAACUGCUCCUUCCAUCAAGUGAUGCUGCCUGGGCUGGGACGCGGUACAAUGUACCACUGAUCAACUCCCUUGUGCUUUAUGUUGGAAUGCAGGCCAUACAGCAGCUGCAGGCAAGAACUCCUCCUCAUGCACAGUCAAUGGCCAGUAGUGUUCCCCUUGCUGUGUUCUUGGCUGGUGCUGCCUUGGACAUCUUCCAGACUUUGAUUGUGGAUCUUGAUACUGAGGGGCGGUACCUCUUUUUGAACGCGGUUGCUAACCAGCUACGUUAUCCAAACAACCAUACCCAUUACUUCUCUUUCAUCCUCCUUUACUUGUUUGCUGAAUCCAACCAGGAAAUCAUCCAGGAGCAAAUCACAAGAGUUCUGUUGGAAAGACUGAUUGUUAAUCGCCCUCAUCCAUGGGGCCUUCUUAUUACUUUCAUUGAACUCAUUAAGAAUCCUAGGUACAACUUCUGGAGUCGCUCAUUUACAAGGUGCGCACCGGAGAUUGAAAAACUGUUCGAAUCGGUCUCAAGAUCAUGUGGGGGCCCAAAACCUGUGGGUGAGGGUGUGGUGUCAGGUGGCAUAUCUGACAAUAUGCACUAGUGUUAAUUUCUUUUAUUUAACACUUUUAAUGUAAAUAUUUUAGUGUCGUCUAUUUAACAAAUUUAAUGUAAAUAUUGUAUUUUGCGUGUAAGUUCAACAUGCCCUUAUAUUGAAUACCAUUAGAGCGGAUAGCAUGACAAAAUAUUGUACUAACGUUGCUUGACCUGAUCACUUUCUGAACUACCUCUAUUUUAACAAUGAAAAUGUCAUUUGCCAUUUAUUUAUGGUACUA